AUUGGUUUUUGGUUUCAACAAUUUCAGUGGUUUCAAAUUCAAGCAUUUAAAGCAAUUGAAUGAAAUUGGUGUCAUUUCGUUUAGUUUCUGUUUUUGAUGUUAUUUCUUAUAAUUAAAUAACCAAUAUCGAAAAGUGUUCAUUGUAAUUUAUCUCCUAAAUAAAAUAAAAAUGACUUCUAUAGAUCUCGAUCCUUCCAUUAAACUUUGUCUGAAAUAUUUGCAUUCAAGUGCGCCAGAUUCAACAGAACAGCUUAGAUUAACCUUUGAUGAUGUCCUCACACAAAUUUACGGCAGCUCAAAAACACUUGGUAACGUGUUACCUAAGAAAUAUUUGGCUGAAGAGAAAAUGGAAUCAACAUCACGAUCGAAGCAUAAGAGUGAUAAAUCUAGAACGGUUCCUAUACCUCACCAAAGUCCACAACAGAUUCAAAUACCAGAACGCGAAGAUGAUGACAGUUCCGUAAUGGAUGGGGAAUUAGCAUUUAAUCUCUUGGAAGAGGACUUAACUUGCGCUGUAUGUAGGCAGAUUGCAGUACAGGCUGGUAACCGUUUAGUUGAGUGUGAUGCUUGCCAUGCCCUCUACCAUCAGGAUUGUCACAAGCCAGUGAUAAGCGACAAUGAUAUGGGAACAGGAUGGCAAUGUGCAUCAUGUCUUUCAUCCCAAGGGUUUGCUGCGGGAUAUUCUAGCAAGACAUCAUCUUCUUCUAAAUCACCUUCCCAUGCUUCUGGAUCCACUACCCCAGUCAAGAUAUCCUCGAGCAGCUCUGCAUCAUCAUCACCAUCCAAGAUGGUUACACCUAACAUAAAUAUCAUCACUGCUGACAAGAGGUUGCAGAUUAUGAAGAAGAAAGCAGCAAAACAACAUGAAAAAAAGAAAUCAAAGAAUUAGUAAAUAAAUAAGUUCUAUGUAUUGAUAAUAAAUAAA